AUAUAAGUUACUUGAAGAUACAAAUUUUGUAACAUUUCAUCGAGAAAGAAUCACUUUUAAUGCAUAUUCAUUUAUUUUUGAAUCUGUUGGUCUGAGGAUUGAAGAGGUAGAGAUUAAUCUGCUGGUUUGAGGAUUGAAGAGGUAGAGGUCGCUGAAGUGCUGAGAAGCAUCAAUCGCAUUGCUGUCAUGGAGGAGGUUGGCGAAGUAACUGAAGGAGGGCCAAGUGAAGAAGUGAAGAAUGGCUACAUGUUGUUUAGACGAGAAUUUCUUAAGGGUGGGGAGAAGUUUAAGAAUAUGUCUGAACAAGCGAAAAAGGCAUCAAAGGCAUGGAAGCAGUUGACACCAGAGGAGCAGAAGAAAUACAGUGAUAGGGUGAAGCAAUCAAGAAAGGAAGGGAUGAAGAAGAAGAGGAAGAAAAAAGUGGCUUUUAGCACUCGUUGCUCGGUUCGGCAAUUUAAGUCAUUAGUGGACUUCAUAAAAGAUGAUGAAGAUUUGAAAGUGAGGGUACAAAAUUUAGGCUUUGGCCAUUUACUUGACAUUGGAUGUGAGAGACUCCCUCGUGACCUCAUAGUAUGUGUUCUCCGAGCAUAUGAUCCGCCUACCCAUCAAUUUCUAAUAAAGGAAAUAGAAGCAAAUGAUGUUGCAAACUUGUUGGGUGUACCCCACACAGGGGAGAAGGUAAAAAUGGACGUAUGUGAUGAUGAUGAGACAUACCAGAGGUUGAAGGAGGAAUUUGGUAAAGUCCCUUAUACGAAGAUACUCAAUGACAUUAAAUCUGGGCAGAAGAAAGAUGAGUUUGAGUUCCUGUUUAUGCUGUACACACUUGGGAGUUUUUUAACUCCUACUUCACAAACAACUGUGAGUGACAAGCUAAUAAGAGUCAUGUGCUGUACCAUGAAGGGAUUUCACCAAUUUGAUUGGGCCACGUACAUUGUGAAGCACUUGUGGAAAGAGAUGGGAGAUUAUGUGAAAGUGUACACAAAAGCAAAGAAAGACGAAGAUGAAGAUGAAGGAAGCUGCAAUGUGGGAGGAUGCAUCUACCUCCUGUUGUUAUAUUUUGCUGAGCACUUCCCACUAUCCAAAACUGUUGAGAGAGGGUCCCUAAAUGCCAUUCAAUUCUGGACUGAUGAGAGGAUAAGGAAGCUGGAAAAGAAGGAGAGGGAAAGCAAGAGGGGUUUACUGUAUAAGGGCAAGGGAAGUAUGGAUAGAAGUGGGAAGGAUGAAGGAAAACGCAGAAGUGUGGCUCAUUUACACCCGGAGUUACAGAAGUUGCACGGACGAUUGAUGGCUCAGAUCGAAUUAAGCACUAUGAGGCUUAUAAGUGCAAUGGAAGAUGAGCUAGAUAAGGUGCAGAUAAGGAUAGAGGAAAAUAAUGUGACCACAGAUGAUGAGGACCCUAUUGACGUCCCAGAUGAUGAUAAGGGAGAUGAUGAUGCAUUUGGCGAUGAAGACUCCCAUGAUCAUGAUGGACAUGAGUCUGAUGACGAAGGUGAUGAUAGAGAUGAGUUCCACGGGGGAGAUGGUCAGGGAGACGAUGAUGCAACUGGCUCAGAUAGGGGUGAUGACAUUGGUGUUGCAGCAGAAGGUGCAGACAAAGAAAUUAUGGAGUCUCCCCUGCCCUUGUCCCCCAUGGACAAGGGAUGUCAACUCCGGAGAUCGCAAAGGGAGAUGAAAUCCGCUAUCAAUUCUCCAUGGAUUUUGACAAAGCCAACUAAGAGGCGAAAGAGGCCCAUGGAUGACAAGGACCGGUUUUAUGACAUAGUUUCCCGUAUGUGUUCAAGCAAGGAGGGUGACAUGCCUUUGGUGAAAAUCUCUGAUGAAGAUAUCACUCGGGAUCAGCUAAGGACACUUGGCGGAAUUGAGAAAAUAGGUAACCGGCUGAUGUCAACUGUGUGCAAGACUCUAAUGGCUGAUAUGGAGAAGGAAGGGCAGGUGAAGCGGCACAUUUUUUAUGCUGAUUUUAUGGCAAUAAUGGCAGCUAACCCAAAGCUGUGGGAUGCUACAAAACGGAAAAAAACAAUUUUUACCUGA